ACGUUCGACAGUCAUAGUUUGACAAAGUGGAGUUGACGUAGGCUCCAACUUCGACUUCAUAGGUAGUUUGUGUAAUCAAACGUGCUUUACUUAAUACCUCUUCCCAAAUUAACACUGAACGCACGCAUUUGAUUGGAGUAAAACAUCAUUCAUUAAGUUUCUGUCCGGAUGAACUCGUCCCGUUGCAUGUCGAAGCUAGCUAGCUUAGCUUAGUUUAGCUUCGCUCGCCAGGCCCUAACGUUCGUUAUCACCACAUCAAGUGUGAAUGUAAAGUUUUGUAACUAUUGUGAAAAAAAGAAUGUGUGCAAAAACAGUGAAAGUAGAGUACAAUGAGCAACUUUGUCGACCAAAAGAGGACAACGAGCGACAACAUGAACUACUGGACGCUGUUUGCCAGCAGCCUCAAGUUUUGUCACAAAGAGCAGACGUCAGUGAAAAAAAUCUCCAAUCUGAGCAGCAGGCGUGGCACUGCGUGGUCAAGGAGGAGGAGCCUGACCACGCCCACAUUAAAGAAGAGGAGGAUGAGUCUGAUGUCACCAAGUUUUCAUUGACUUGUGUCGUUGUGAAGAGUGAAGACCAAGGUCACUGGUCACCGCUUCAUCCCAGUCAAAGUGAGGAGAACAGAGGGGCAGAGCCUCUGAGCAGCAGCUCAAGUCAACACAUGAAAACAGAAGGCGAUGGAGACCGCUGUGGAGGAUCACAAUCGGACAGCCUCUUAGCACCGCAAUCAGAGAGUGACGACACAACGUCGCACUCUUCUGACGAUGAUGAACACUCCAAAGUCAUGGAAAAAGGAGCCGAGCGACAACCUAUAAGAGGAAAAGGGCGUGGCGGGGCGGCCAAAGAAGUGAAAAAGCGUGGUGGCGCAAGACCCAAAAUUCCCAAUGAAAUUCGGGCCGCAGUUCUGGACUAUGUCAUCAACCACGGUCUGACGUUUAAGGAGGCUGGACAACGGGUCACACCUGCUUUGACUCGGAGCACUGUGGGCUCCAUGGUCAGAGUUUUGCGGCAUCAGAACAGAAUCAACAGACUACCACAAAAUGGCGGCAGAGAUAAACUCUUCAAUGCAAACCAGGAGGCAGCCAUUGUGGCAAUGGUUGCUGCAAACAAUGCAAUCCGACUGCGCGACAUCAAAGAAGCCAUAAUUGCAGAUAAACUAACAUUUCCAGACAUCGACAAUGUUAGUUUGUCCACAAUUGACCGCGUUCUGAAGCAUAAAAAUGUAGCAUUGAAAAAGGUCUUCAGAGUUCCGUUCCAAAGGAACUCCGAUGCAGUUAAGGAGGCAAGGUGCAGAUAUGUACAGAGAAUAAUGGAACUCGAGGGCGAUGGUAAAAAUCUCCAGUUCAUCUUUGUGGACGAGGCAGGCUUCAAUCUAGCGAAGGUCACGAGAAAAGGGAAGAGAUUCAUCGGGCAGAGGGCCACCGUAACAGCGCCGGAGCAGCGGGGAGCCAAUAUCACCAUGUGUGCUGCCAUCUCCAAUGACGGGGUCCUCUGCCACACCGCUAUCAUCGGUCCCCUCAACACGGAACGCCUCAUCGUCUUCCUCGAUUCCCUGCUGCGCAGGCUGAUUCCACCCGGAGAGGGCGAGCCGUCGGGGUCCGGCGUGCCUUCGUAUGUCGUCGUUUGGGACAAUGUUGACUUCCACCGCUCCGACCUUGUGAACGAAUGGUUUGCAGACCGACCCCGUAUGACAAUGCAGUUCCUGCCUGCGUACUCGCCUUUCCUCAGUCCCAUUGAGGAGUUCUUCUCAACAUGGAGAUGGCAGGUGUUGGAUUGCCAUUCUCAUCGAGGCAUGUCCCUGUUGGAUGCAAUGAAUGCAAGUUGUCAGGCAAUAAAUGCAGAGACCUGCCAGGGAUGGAUUAGACGAGCAAGAAGAUUCUUUCCAAGGUGCAUUGCAAGAGAGGACAUCCAUUGUGAUGUGGAUGAAAACCUGUGGCCCAACGUGAAGGAGCUGGUGGACUAGUUUUGGGUUUUGUAUUACAUAUUUCCAGCAACAGGUUCGUUAGGCUUUUGGGUUAAUCGUACGGCCCAUUGGAUUUUCUGGCUCUCAUCUGUAUUGCUAAAGUGCUUGUGUAUGUACAUUUUGUGUGAGCGUGCUCGCCUCGGAUGUGCUAAGGUGCUACUACCUCCGAUUGCUCCUCCCUGAUCGGUGACCCCCGUGCCCCAUUCGACCCAUCAAUCAUGUUAAUGAAGAUAGCCUGAUGAAUGAUUGGAUCCAUCCGGGAUUCCUGUAAGUAUUUCACUACUCUUAUGAGGUAUUUUGUCAUGCUGUGCCCUUGUCUCCAAUAGUUUUGGGUACGUGUUGGCCUUUGGCUUGUGUGCAUUUAUAGUCUGCUACUUUGAGUUUGGACAGAAUGUAUGUUUUGUUUUGCAACAAUAUUGUGUUUGAGUGUCAAGUCUCUUUGUAUGCCGAUAAAUAUCAUUAU